GCUGUGGAAAAAGUUUCACCUUGAAAACAAUUUUAAAUAAUCAUAUGAGAAAUCACACAGGUGAGAAGCCUUUCUCAUGUGGGAGCUGUGGAAAAAGUUUCAACGAUAAAGGCCAAUUAAAUGUACAUAUGAGAAUUCACACAGGUGAGAAGCUUUUCUCCUGUGGGACUUGUGGAAAGAGUUUCACCCAUAAGGGCAGUUUAGAUGUUCACAUGAGAAUUCACAGAGGUGAAAAGCCUUUCUCCUGUGGGUCCUGUGGAAAGCGUUACAGUGAAAGAGGGAAGUUAACUCAGCACAUGAGAAUUCACACAGGUGAGAAGCCUUUCUCCUGUGGGUCCUGUGGAAAGCGUUACAGUAAAAGAGGGAAGUUAACUCAGCACAUGAGAAUUCACACAGGUGAGAAGCCUUUCUCCUGUGGAACCUGUGGAAAAGGUUUCUCUAUAAAAAGUAAUUUAAAAGUUCAUGUGAAAAUUCACACUGGUGAGAAGCCUUUCUCCUGUGGGACUUGUGGAAAGAGUUUCACCCAUAAGGGCAGUUUAGAUGUUCACAUGAGAAUUCACAGAGGUGAGAAGCCUUUCUCCUGUGGGACUUGUGGAAAGCGUUACAGUGAAAGAGGGAAGUUAACUCAGCACAUGAGAAUUCACACAGGUGAGAAGCCUUUCUCCUGUGGAACCUGUGGAAAAGGUUUCUCUAUAAAAAGUAAUUUAAAAGUUCAUGUGAAAAUUCACACUGGUGAGAAGCCUUUCUCAUGUGGGAGCUGUGGAAAAUGUUUUACCCAUAAAUACACUUUGAAUGUUCAUAUGAGAAUUCACACAGGUGAGAAGCCUUUCUGCUGUGGGACUUGUGGAAAAAGUUUCUCUCGAAAAGAUAAAUUAAAUAAUCAUAUGAAAAUUCACACAAGUGAGAAACCCUUCUCUUGUGGGACUUGUGGAAAGAGUUUCACCCAUAAGGGCAAUUUAGAUGUUCACAUGAGAGUUCACACAGGUGAGAAGCCUUUCUCUUGUGCAACCUGUGGAAAAAGUUACAGUGACAGAAGGACUUUAAUUCAGCACAUGAGAAUUCACACAGGUCUUUGCACGGCCCUGUUCACAUGUAAGGUACAUGUAUGA